UGGAGCAUGGUGUCUUUAUGUUCCCCUUUUCCCAAGUGGAGCAUGGUGUCUUUAUGUUCCCCUUUUUCCAUGUGGAGUAUGGUGUCUUUAUGUUCCCCUUUUCCCAAGUGGAGCAUGGUGUCUUUAUGUUCCCCUUUUUCCAUGUGGAGUAUGGUGUCUUUAUGUUCCCUAUUUCCUAUGUGGAGCAUGGUGUCUUUAUGUUCCCCAUUUCCCAAGCGGAGCAUAGUGUCUUUAUGUUCCCCAUUUCCCAAGCGGAGCAUAGUGUCUUUAUGUUCCCCAUUUCCCAAGUAG